UGGUGGGGGUUGCACUGCGGUAAUAUGGCUCUUCCUUAGCCCGCGGCCGCGGCGGCCGGAGGUGGGGUAGAGCCGUCCUGCCUCUCGGGUGGCGGGUUUCGGGGCUGCAGGGGCUCGGCGGGUCGUGGCUACGCUGUGGUGGCGGAUGCCGGAGGAGCGCGGGCCCCGCCGCUCGGCGGCCCCUGGGUCAAGAUGAGCGCCUCCGCGUCGGUCGGGGGCCCGGUCCCCCCGCCGCCCCCGGGCCCGGCCGCCGCGUUGCCACCCGGUUCUGCCGCGCGGGCCCUGCAUGUGGAGCUGCCCUCUCAGCAGCGGCGUCUUAGACACCUUCGGAACAUUGCUGCCCGGAAUAUUGUUAAUAGAAAUGGCCAUCAGCUCCUUGACACCUACUUCACACUUCACUUGUGUAAUACCGAAAAGAUAUACAAAGAAUUUUAUAGAAGUGAAGUGAUUAAGAAUUCCUUGAAUCCAACGUGGCGGAGUCUCGAUUUUGGAAUAAUGCCAGACCGUCUUGAUACAUCUGUGUCUUGUUUCGUGGUGAAGAUAUGGGGUGGAAAGGAGGACAUCUACCAGCUUUUGAUUGAAUGGAAAGUCUGUUUGGAUGGGCUGAAAUACUUGGGUCAGCAGAUUCAUGCCCGCAACCAGAAUGAAAUAAUUUUUGGGCUGAACGAUGGCUACUAUGGUGCUCCAUUUGAACAUAAGGGAUAUUCAAUUGCUCAGAAGAAUAUUCUUCUUCAGGUGGAUCAGAACUGUGUUCGCAAUUCUUAUGACGUCUUCUCUUUGCUGCGGCUUCAUAGAGCCCAGUGUGCGAUUAAACAGACUCAGGUAACUGUUCAGAAAAUUGGAAAGGAAAUUGAAGAAAAGCUAAGACUCACAUCUACAAGCAAUGAGUUGAGAAAACAAAGUGAGUGCUUGCAAUUAAAAAUUUUGGUGCUUCGAAAUGAACUGGAAAGACAGAAGAAAGCUUUGGGACGGGAGGUGGCAUUACUGCAUAAGCAACAAAUUGCAUUACAGGACAAAGGAAGUGCAUUUUCAACUGAGCACCUCAAGCUUCAACUCCAGAAGGAAUCUCUGAAUGAAUUGAGGAAGGAGUGUACUGCGAAAAGAGAACUCUUUCUGAAGACUAAUGCUCAGUUGACAAUUCGUUGCAGGCAAUUACUAUCUGAGCUUUCCUACAUUUACCCUAUUGAUUUGAAUGAGCAUAAGGAUUACUUUGUAUGUGGUGUCAAGUUGCCCAAUUCUGAGGACUUCCAAGCAAAAGACGAUGGAAGCAUUGCUGUUGCCCUUGGUUACACUGCACAUUUGGUCUCCAUGAUUUCCUUUUUCCUACAAGUGCCCCUGAGAUAUCCUAUAAUUCAUAAGGGAUCUAGAUCAACAAUCAAAGAUAAUAUCAAUGACAAACUGACUGAAAAGGAGAGAGAGUUUCCAUUAUAUCUAAAAGGAGGGGAGAAGUUACAAUUUGAUUAUGGUGUCUAUCUUCUGAACAAAAAUGUAGCACAGCUAAGAUAUCAACAUGGACUAGGGACUCCAGACUUGAGGCAAACCCUCCCUAACCUGAAAAACUUCAUGGAGCAUGGACUAAUGGUCAGGUGCGAUAGACACCACACCUCCAGCGCAAUCCCUGUUCCAAAGAGACAAAGCUCCAUAUUUGGAGGUGCAGAUGUAGGCUUCUCUGGGGGGAUCCCUUCCCCAGACAAAGGACACCGAAAACGGGCCAGCUCAGAGAAUGAGAGACUCCAGUACAAAACCCCUCCUCCCAGUUACAACUCCGCGCUAGCCCAGCCUGUUACCGCCAUCCCUUCCGUAGGAGAAUCCGAGAGAAAGACGACAUCUCUGUCCUCCUCCUUGGAUACCUCCUUGGACUUCUCCAAAGAAAGCAAGAAAAAAGGAUCUGACUUGGGUGACAGAUUAAGCGGAGGUCACGUGAGCGUGAACACUAGCCAAGAACAAGAAGGAGCCCUCUCUGGACUCCCAGCCGCCGUCAACGGCGCUCUCCUGCCCAGCGAGCAGGCUGGCUCCUCCGGCGUCCGGCUCCCGGGGGCAUUCCUCCCGGUGCCGGAGGCCGAGCUCUGCUGUACUGUGGAGCAAGCGGAAGAGAUCAUCGGGAUGGAAGCCACGGGUCUCACCUCGGGCGAUCAGCUAGAAGCCUUUAACUGCAUCCCGGUGGAUAGCGCCGUGGCAGUGGAGUGUGACGAACAAGUCCUGGGAGAAUUUGAAGAGUUCUCCCGGAGGAUCUAUGCACUGAACGAAAACGUGUCCAGCUUCCGCCGGCCACGCAGGAGCUCCGAUAAGUGAAGUGAGCAGCCAGCCGGUAGGACCAGGACAGAGUCGCUGCCUGAAAUGAGGAUAAAGCUGCACUGGUUACCCCUUGUAAUAAUUAUGACACGAAAUGAAUAUUAAUGGAGGAUAUUCCUCGGAAAAACAGACUUUGUAAAUCACGGAGGGGCUCAGGAUCGUUGUGUAUCAGUGGGCCAGACAAAGUUAGAGUUUGCUUGCAAGGUUUGCUUUUCAGGCCUGACAACUGUUUUAAGGCAAAAUUCACUCUCUAGCUCGAGUCACCUUAAAGAUAUUUGUCUGCUUUUUAAUUUACACUUCUGUGUUAUCCUCAGAGGGAAGAUGAUAAUAUAUAAAUAAUAUGAUAAACUCACCUUUAGUUUCUCAUAAGCAUUUGCCCUCAACAUAGUUUAUAAAACUUUGGAAAACCGAAUAUUCAAAACAAAGGUUUUCACCAGUUAACUCAAAGACCUUUGACCAUCCGUUAGUUUGAUGAGUAAGAAGCACAAUGGUCUCCUUAUACCCAGGCCCACCUGCCCCUGCUCCUGCCCCUGCCCCCAGUCAGCCUCUCUGCUGCCCCGUCUUCACAGCAGGUGGGUCGUGCACCCUGAAAACUGAGGACGGCAGAGUCACUGGUUCUCGAAUGCGGUAGCCAAGACCUUCCACCUCCUCAGAUCAGCCACGCCCUUAACGUAACCCUCCAAGGAGAGGGAAAAAUUUCCCCUCUGGUAGAUCCCAGGGGACCCUCAAGGGCUCCCAAGGUUGCAAUAGUCAGAUGACAUCCAGUGUCCUCUGGGGGCCAGAGUUUUUACGUGGGCAGACGCUGCAGUCAAAAACCAGGCAUGCUUUCUGGCAGUGCACUCACCAGACAAAAAUCCCCACAUGUAAAUCCCAUGUUAAUUUAUUAAAUUUCAGUUGGAAAGGAAGGCGCUGUAUAUGAUGAAAUACCCGUAGAGAGUCAGGCUGUCCAGUGUGCCGACAGCAAGGCUGUUGAGAUAGUUGGAUGAAGAGGCUUAGAUGAGGCAUAGAAUACUAUUGGUGUAUGUGCAGUUGCGUUCAUAUUAAAUUAUGUUCUUCAAGUCCAAUUUCAUCCCCGGAGCUCAGAUUUCAUUUGCUAUUGCCAUAUACUUUAUAUACCCAAGGACAUUGCCUCAGGGUUGCAAGCUCUUUAAGGAAAAUUUAUGCAUAUACCCAUGUAUUGUAUAGAAGAAUAAAAACUGAAUUUACUUCACUUGACCUGAUUUGUUCUUUCCAGUUCUGAAAUCCGUCUCGAACCUACAUCUCCAUCUUCCAUCACGACAGGACGAGCCUGGACAGAAACCGUGGCUGUACCUAAGCUAAUGUCGUUGACUCGAGCGUGUGCUGUUCCGCACAGCAGCGCAAACACCUUCACAGGUGUUCUCUCCAGGAACUGCAUUUGUCCGACGUAACAGCUUAACUCCUAGGUUUCAUGGUCAUUUUCAUAUAUUGUCCAAGCACUCCUGGGCUCAAGUUCUCAUUUACAGCCUUGUUGUCAUGCAGAAUGGUUCGUGUUGUUGUUUUCCAUAUGUAAAGAGAACUCACCCAACCCAUGCUUGACACAUGGACCCAACCUGCAAGCAAUUAAGAGCUUUAAGUUGAUCUGAAGAAAUCCAUCGUAUUUCACAUAAAGAGGUGGAACCACUCCAAACCUAAAGCAGAAGCACUCUAGAGUCACGGCUUCUUCGCAAUGUCCUGCCAUUCACGGUAGAGUCAAUGAGGGGGGUGAUAUCUGUGGUCUUACAUCAUGCUGGACUGUGUGGGGUCUUCCAAUGAAAUAGCACUUACCCCACCCAAAAGAAAAAGGUUCUGGAAGGAUUGUGUUAGUAUUGAACAGUGGAAGUAUUGAACAUGUGGCUUAAAGUCCACAUAUGGGGGUGGACUUUGAACUUCAUGCCAAACUUAAAGACAGUGCAUGGAGUUGUAGGCCCUCUGGCCUAGGUCCUGGCGCCCCCAGGCAGAGGGACCACACGCAGAGCAGCCACGCGGACUGUGUGUACCUCAGGUUCCACAGAGCCAGAGAGAGCUGGGGCUCUGGGACUCCAUCUGCCAGUCUCCUAUUUGUGGACUCCCUGAUUCUGGGAUCCACAGCUUUGUGCGCGCGCGCGCACACACACACACACACACACACACACACACACACCAGCAGCGUGUGGCCCUGCCACUGAAUGUGAUAUUAGGUAGCUCAGAACUGGUUUCCUACACUGGCUUGGUCCACACUGUGUUCGACGAUGUUAUGCCUCAAAACACCACUUAACGUUUGGGUUCGCUUGGUUUGGGUUUCAGGUUUCCUUGGAGUCUGUUCGAUGCCUACAGUUUCUGCCUUGACUUGGGGUAGAACCAACAGUAUUGCAUGUCUCCGGGAGGAGCUCUGUUUGACAUUUUCCAAAGCUGCAGAAUUAGUUUUGCCUCUGCUUGGAGUGGCCAAGGCCAAAAUAUGGGAUGAGUUAUUAUCUCCUACUAAUCUUUUUAGUUAGUCUUGUAAAUCGCUAAAGAAAAUAAAACUUGCUUUGAGGAUAUAAGUUGAAAUGAAAAUCCACUACUAUCCAUGUCUGAACUGCUAAGAGCCCUUUCCGUUUUCAUGUAGCGGAGACACUUUGAAUGGUCGGCAAGUGUUAUCAAAUGAAUAUUUGAUUGUGUUCCCUCUCUCCACUUCCCCUUACCCACUUUAGAAAUUCCAGAGAUUUUUUUUUUCCCCCUCAGAAUAUUAGUUUUGGAAGAUUGUAUCCAGCUCUAUUUUUUUAGCGGUUCUAAUGGUGCCCAUUUAUCCUGACCUAACUGGUUAUUUAAAUAAUUUUUUAAACCACCACCAAUAAUAAAUGGCAUGUGAAACUGAUCUGUUGGUAAUUGGAAGAAAACUCAGCAUCUGUAUUUAUAAAAUAAAAUUGAUUAGUAUUUA